GGCAUAAGAAAAAAUUGCAAAGUAGCUUCUCGUACCUCUCUAAUUAUAUAUCCUCUACGUACUUAAAAUUUCAUCACUAAUCCUUUUUCCAUCAGAAAACCAUCUCCCAAGACCAAAGAAAAACAUAGAGAAUGAGAAAAGCAAAAAGCUCUGAAGAUAUGGAGAUCAAAAUUGUUGAAGAUCAUCAACUAAGUACUAAAGUAGAUAUCGAAACGCCACUUCUAGAAGAAGACAAAGACUUUCCUGAUGUAGAAAGAACAACAUGGAUACAAAAGGCAAUAGGUCAAACGUUUCAAACCACAGCCCAUUUAGCUAAUCUCUUACCAACAGGAACAGUUCUCGCUUUUCAACUCUUGUCGCCAAUUUUCACAAACGGCGGUCAAUGCGAUUUAGCUUGCAGGAUCAUGACAUCAAUUCUAGUGGCAAUAUGUGGAUUCUCUUGUUUCAUACUUAGCUUCACAGAUUCUUACAAAGACAAAAACGGCAUUAUAUGCUAUGGGCUUGCAACAAUCCAUGGGUUUUGGAUCAUUGAUGGAUCCGCAACGCUUCCUCUAGAGUUAGCUAAAAAAUAUAAACUAAGGUUUAUAGAUUUUGCCCAUGCUUUCAUGUCGUUAUUGGUGUUUGGUGCGGUGGUUUUAUUCGACCGGAAUACGGUUAACUGUUUUUUUCCGGCACCGUCAGCGGAAGAGUUGGAGGUUCUCACAGCGUUGCCGGUGGGCGUAGGGGUGUUUUGUAGUAUGUUGUUUGCAACAUUUCCUACAACACGCAAUGGUAUUGGUUUUCCAGUUCCUGGUAAUAAAUGAUACCGAUAUCUUCAUUUAUUUGUAACUUGAUUCCUUUUGAUGAUCUCUUUAACAAUGAUAUUACAAGAAUCAUGUAAACCUUUUUAAUAGAGAUGUACUCAAGAUAUUUAUAAAUAAUUUAUGCUAAAAAUAACAGUUACGAACAUU